AUACAAUGUAAUAAGUAUAAGAAGCAGGCGCUUAAAAUUAAGAUCCUUAGAAAAAUCUUCAAGAAUAACUCUAGAAUUUAAUGGUGUUUAAUAAAAAUUAAGAAAAAGAAAUAGAAGAUUUAAAUAUAAAAGUUUCUCAUCUCGAACAAGAGACAAAAAACCUGAAACUUGACAGAUAAAAUAUAAUUAAUGGUUGUUAGGUGUAAUUAGGUUAACUUGAGUUAAAGAAGGAAUAGAAAUUAGCAGAGCAGAAAAGUAUAUACGAGGCCACUAUAUAGGAAUUAUAUGAUUAGAUUAAACGAUUAAAUAAUAACAUUGAAGAAGAUCAAAAAAAAACAUAGCAAAUAAUAAGUGAGAAGAAUGGUACGAUUGAAAAAUAAUGGAAUAUAAUUAAAUAAAUGGGAAAAAGUUUGCAAAUAAAUAGUUUGAUUCAAUAGAAUUAAUAUUCAAAUAGCAUAACAUAAUCUAACUAUCCAAAGAGUUAGACUUCUAAUUCAAUGAUAAUUGAAGGAUAAAGCAAGUAUAUGGUGAAUUAAAAUUAAUUUAUUACUAAGGAUGGACAAAUAUUUUAAGCUUUUGAAUAUUAUUUAGCUUAAAAUAAUCGCUUGUAAUAACAAUUAGAUAGUAUACUAUUUAAGAACGAGAAUUUACAAACAUUAUCUAAUUAUAUUAAGGAUUAAUAAAAGGUCAUCUAGGAAAAAAAUGAAAUCUUUGCAGAUAUCGCCAGGAGUGUAGACAAGCUAAAGAAAAAUUAAUAAAAUACGGUCUUGCAUGAAGAAUGGAAUAAAAUAUAAGAACUUACUUUAUUAGGGAGGAAAGAAAAUGGUUUGAAUAAAUUGUUUAAGUGUUGUGAUGGAUAAUAUGAAAUUGUAUAUUGUCAAUCCAAGAAAUGUGUGUAUCAUAUUAACUGCUUAUAUGAUAAAAUAAUAAGAUAAGGAUAAUUAACUAUUAAUAAUUGCGAUUGUGAUUAACCAUUUCCUUAUUAAUUUUUAAGAAGGAUGAACUUUGUUGAAGCAAAAUGCUUAUUGGAAAAUAUUCUGGAAGGCCAGCAAAAACAAUUAUUAUCUGAAAUUGUAAAGAGUAGAAAACUUCUUGUUUACAAAUGCCCCAACCUAUUUUGUAGUUUUGAAUGGUGCUUCGGACCAAAUAAUGAAAGCCUCAACAUUGGAUCUUUAUCCUAUUGUCCAAAUUGUUAGAUGAUCGUUUAAUCUGAGGUAAAAGUAGAAUGA